AUGGGAUCCCGCCCUGAGACGGUUCGUAACCUAUUUCCGUAUACAGUCAAUAUCGAUAACAUGAUCUCAACGAAGAUCACAACGCUCCUUCUGGACUGUGACAAUACUCUUGUCCAGUCCGAGUCUCUUGCUUUUGAAGCAAGUGCUGAUCUCACCAAUGAAAUCCUCGCUGCCAGUAAAGUUGACCUGAGCUUUACGGGUAACUAUUUGCAAUGCGAGUUUGGCAUUACCAUGCAAGUCGCCAAAGAAGGUGGGAAUGUUUGGGUUCAUCAGCUCAUUCUGGACGAUGAAGGAAAUGUGAAGGAAUGA